UGUGGCUCUACUGGACAGUGCCUUAUCUGGUAAUUGAGUGACUCUGAUCAUCUUCUCCUAAUCUAUUAUUUCUACAAUACAAGAAUAACAUCAUCCACUUCCUCUAUACUAUCAAAAACAGUAACAUGGCUUCUUCUACUCUUUCUCCUGUAUCUCCUUCUCAGCUAUGCUCGAGCAAGAGCGGGCUGUCAUCGGUUUCACAAGCAUUGCUUGUGAAGCCCAUGAAGGUUAAUGGCCUUGGAUUGGGAAAGGACAAGAGGAUGAAAGUGAAAUGCAUGGCAACUAGCAUUCCUGCAGAUAAUGUGCCAGACAUGGAAAAGAGGAAGCUCAUGAAUUUGCUUCUAUUGGGUGCUCUUGCUCUCCCCACUGGUGGCAUGCUUGUACCUUAUGCUACUUUCUUUGCACCACCUGGCUCAGGAGGUGGUAGUGGUGGUACAGUUGCCAAAGAUGCAUUAGGUAAUGAUGUUGUUGUGACUGAAUGGCUCAAAACUCAUGCACCUGGCACCCGAACCCUCACACAAGGACUAAAGGGAGAUCCUACUUACCUUGUUGUGGAGAACGAUGGAACACUCGCGACCUAUGGCAUCAAUGCUGUGUGCACCCAUCUUGGUUGUGUCGUGCCGUGGAACACAGCUGAGAACAAGUUCAUUUGCCCCUGCCAUGGAUCCCAAUACAACAACCAAGGAAGAGUUGUUAGAGGACCUGCUCCUUUGUCCUUGGCAUUGGCUCAUGCAGACAUUGAUGAUGGGAAGGUGGUGUUUGUUCCAUGGGUUGAAACAGACUUCAGAACUGGUGAUGCUCCAUGGUGGGCUUAGAAUAUUCCAUCUAGCUUUAUUAUUACAGUAUAUAUAUUCUUGUAUCUUUGUUACUUAGAGCUUAUUCCCUCUUUCAGAAAGCCAAAAAAAAAAAAAUGUAACUAUUGAAACAUAAUCCUUGCAGUCCCAAAAUAACAUUUUUCGUUUGGGGUA